AUGUAUAAUGAUAAUGAUAUUUCGAAGGAACUUGAUCUUAAAGAAAAAUUUCAAUCAACAGCAAUACAACAACAAAAUCAAACAUAUGUUGAACAUCUUUAUGAACAAUUAAAUGAAUGGAAAUUAAGUAUAGAUGAACAAAUAGGACAAAUUAUUGAAAAAACAAAUGAAAUAACACAAUAUUAUGAUCAAUAUUGUCAAGAAAUUAAUGGAAAACAUGAAAAUAUAAAUACUCAAAUCGAGAAUCAAAAUUUAUCAUCUGAUAUAAAUGAACAAAUUGAAAAUUUGAAUACGUAUUGCCAAUCAAAUAAAAUUGAAAAACGCAUACAUUUAAAUACAGAAGCAUUUACCAAAAAUGAGUUAAAAAAGAAAAUUCAAUUAGAAUAUAUGUCUUCUCAGGAUAUACUAUUAAAGACAACAGAAAUACCAUUAAAACCAAUCAUUAAAGAACGACGUGAAUCAAUUCAUAGUAUUUCCUCAUCAUCAACAACACCAUCUAUUUCAAUGCAAAUGGCAAAAAGAUCUUCAAAAGCUAACUCAAAAAUAUCUGAUCAUCAAGAUGAUAUUACAUUGAAAUCAUUAACUGACCAGCAAGAUGAUAUUACACUGAAAUCAUUAUCUGACCAUCAAGAUGAUAUUACAUUGAAAUCAUUAUCUGACCAGCAAGAUGAUAUUACAUUGAAAUCAUUAUCCGACCAUCAAGAUGAUAUUACAUUGAAGUCAUCAUCUGACCAUCAAGAUGAUAUUACAUUGAAAUCAUUAACUGACCAUCAAGAUGAUAUUGCAUUGAAAUCAUUAUCUGAUCAUGUAGAUGAAAAAUCUUUUCAUACUUUAAAUAAACCUACAACAAUAACAAAUGGCAAAACACCGAAACGUUCAACUAAAUUAUAUGCAGAAAAACAUAAAACAAUAAUUCCUGUUCUUAUUAAAAAAAAUCGUGAACUUUACAAUGAAAAAGAAAGAAUAACGGAAUAUUCUAUUGAUUCUAUUGCAAUAACACAACGUUCACAACAACAAAAACUUACAAAUGCGCACACUGUUAAUGAUGAUACAGUUUUAAAAUUAGUUCAUGCUUAUAAAGUUCUUAUAAGAGAAGAAAAUGAUUAUCGACCAUUAUCAACAUCAUCUGAUAAUAAAGAACAAGAAAAAUCAAAUGUUAAUAAAUUAUUCAAUUUACAACAAUUUCAUCAAACUAAUCAUUCAACAGUUAUGUUUAAAAAAUGUGAAACAGCAUAUAAUUGUUUAUCGAGUUCAACAAAACGAAAUGAAUUAUUGAUAUAUAAUUCUAAAUUAAAAGUUUUAAUGGCUUUAAAACAUGAACAUAAUAAAAAAAAUUAUCAUCAAUUAUUUAUACAAUGGCCAAAAAAUGUUAGUUCAAAUAUAUCUGAUAUAACAUAUUGUGAAAAUAUUGAUAAUUUUUUAAUAUCAACAUAUGAUACUUGUCAUAUAUAUUUAUUUAAUCGGGAUUUAUUAUCUAUAUAUAAUUUAGGUAAAUUAACAAAUCAUUUACCAUUACGUCGCUUUCAUUGUGAUCAACAAACAGUUUAUUGUAUAUUAGGUGAUAAUUAUCUUGUAGAAUUCCAGUUAAAUGAUCAAUAUAAAAAUUUAAAAUUUAUUCAACAAAUUAAAUUAUUUAAUCCAAUUAAUCUUUCACAAGAUGAAGGACUUUAUUUAUUAGACGUAACCUGUGAUAAUAAUUAUUUAAUUGUUAUUUAUUCAAAUGAACGUGAUGAAAUACAUUUACAAAGUAUUCAUCGAGAAACAAAAGAAUUACAUUGUGAUUUUAUAAUAGAUGACAUACAACCAAUUAAUCAAGUUUAUAUAAGAAUUGAAUCAACAAAUUAUAAUGGAAAUUUUAUUUAUCUUAAUGGUAAACAACAAAUUUUAAAAGCAAUUAAUUUAAUAAAUGAAGGUGAUGACAAAAUAACAUCAACAAUGCAUCGACAAUCAAAACCAACAAAUACUUGUUGCCUUAAAGAUGAUCGAUUAGUAAUUUUACAUGAAUAUCCACAUUAUUUGUCAAUUCAUGCUUUGAAUAAUCGUUAA